CCCAGCUCUGAGUUUCACUGGAAGAGGGACUUUAGGAGCCACGUGAGCUAAUGCAGGUACAGGAUCUGACAGCAGCGUCAGGGAAGAACUUAUCCACACCCGAGAAAGAAUAUACCACAGGAAAGGCUGCGCGGUUCAACUACAAAGGAUGAGGGGGAAGGUUCUCUUUAACGUGACUACUUACAAGUAGUAUUUCCUCAUCAUGGAUGAGCUAUCACCUGAAGAAAUUCAGCUGAGGGCCAACCAGGUCACUGAUGAGUCUUUGGAAAGCACAAGGAGGAUUCUUGGCUUGGCCAUUGAGUCCCAGGAUGUUGGCAUCAAAACUAUUACCAUGCUGGAUGAACAAGGAGAACAACUAAAUCGUAUAGAAGAAGGCAUGGACCAGAUAAAUAAGGACAUGAGGGAAGCUGAGAAGACACUGACAGAGCUCAACAAAUGUUGUGGGCUCUGUGUCUGUCCGUGUAACAGGACAAAGAACUUUGAGGCCAGUAAAGCAUACAGAUCAACCUGGGGAGAUGGAACAGAGAACUCAGCAGAUCAUGUGAUAUCCAUGCAACCAAAAAGUACAAAUUGGCAGCAGCCUCAGACUUCUGGAGGACCAAGUGGUGGAUAUAUUACAAGGAUAACCAAUGAUGCCAGAGAAGAUGAAAUGGAUGAAAAUCUUGCUCAAGUUGGAAACAUUCUUGGGAAUUUGAAAAACAUGGCUUUGGAUAUGGGCAAUGAGAUUGAUGCCCAGAACAAGCAAAUAGACCGGAUAAAUGUAAAGGCUGAUACAAACAGGGAACGCAUUGAGCAAGCGAACAUCAGAGCCAAGAAACUAAUUGAAAAUUAAAGCCUGCUGUCAUUGUUCAUUGACAGCCUCUCCAGCUGCAAGCCACCAUAUUCAUGGAUCUGUGAAACUUCUAUUCUGAAAUAAGAGGGGUUGGGAAAAAUGAAGCAGUACCCCUUCUGUAGGGAUUAGUUUUCUUUUAUUGCUUCAUGUAAACAUGGCCUUGACUCCAAGAAAGCAGCCAACUUCCUUCUACUCAUCUGCCUUCACUUUCUUUAAACUGCUCAGGGCUAAAAGUGUUAGGGCUUUGAGAAUCUUCUUGCAUGUUUUAUUCCCCUUCCCAAUUUCUUCUUACUAUUUUUUUUUUUUAUUUUACUGCACCGAAAAUUCAGUCCUUUAUUUAAAUUGAACAAGCAGGGUAACCUGAAUUCACAGUUGUGGAAAGUUGGAGAGGGCACUUUGCACUGUUUGAAAUACCUCAUAAGUUGGGUGUCUUCACUAAAAUAGGGAAUAGGUGAACAUUGUCUGAUUUUUAUCUCUAGCAUCUAACCAUAGUUUUACAGUCCAAACCACACAAUUGGUUUGGAAUUGAAUUUGUGAAUCACAGAAUUGAAGAGGCCCAUUAUUUACAGCUUGUGGGUUGAGGGCUUUAAAACACUUCCUAACCACACAAACCUUAAGGUAAUGGUAACCAGAGGGAUAUAAGGUUUCCGUUUCUUGACUGUAAAAUUGACAUCGGUUUGGAGGCCAUGACUAAUCAUGCUGCAUUGUUCUGAUAAUAUUUGUUGUGUGUGUAUAUAUAUCUGAUCUAAACCCCAUGCACACAAGUAGAAGAUAAAACAAUCUCCCCAAGGUAUUUACUUGAUAGAAAAUUUUACACCCCUCAUCUGAAAGUUAACUUUUGUUUGAAUGAUGCAUCUGAACUGGAAGAAACUGAGUAGAAAAGCAUGCAGUUUGCUUGCUUCCCAUAUCUUAUUUUCUUGUGGCCAGUUUUCACUGGAGUUCAGUUAAUGCCUUUCUCCAGUGCAAAAUAAUGAUAGAGAUCUGGUGCAGAGUUUGUUCUCAGCAGUGACUUUGGGGGUGCUUCUUAAAACUACCAAAACCAGAGAAGCUUAUUGUAAAACAUUUUGUCAGAAGUCUGAAGGAAGCAGUAGUUAUUUAGGAACUGUAUGCUAGUUCUAAAUAAACUAGUUCUAAAUAGUUUCCUGGCUGGUUUAUUAUUGCAGACUUUGGGACUGGCAAUUGGAAAUACCACAUAUCCAAGUUGCUUGAAAAUAAAAUGGUCUCUGCAGAACAGAGGAGUUUCUGACCACGUGAGGUAAAGCACUCUCCCAUGAAGAAAAAAAGAUUUACUGUAAUAUAAAAAGAUUUUCUUGAAAUCUUGAUAGUUAUUCAAUUGCAAGUAACUUAGAUUAUUGUAACUCCACCCAGUGAUAUAUUAUGCCUGUUUUCGAGUUGAAAAUGAUACUUUGGAAUAACCUGUGAUACUCAGUGUUGGAUGGCAAAAAUAUUCAAACCAAAUUUUAGGAGGAAUAAUUAAAACUGAUAGCAUUAUGGGGUGCUUUUUGAAGGACAGUCCACAAAUACCCUGUAGCCACUAAUACUGAACCCCAGAGUCAGAGAUGACACUAAUCUACCGAAAUACAAGACAGUGUUUGUUAAGUGUUGUUUUCUUUUUAGUAGAAAUACAGUCAGUGUUACUAGUAUAUUUUCAGUUGGCUCCCAGGACAACUUGAUAUUUAAAGAAAAAAGAACCAAAACCAAGAACCACACGCACAAAAACCCACAAUGACCCACCAAACAAAAGCCCAACCAAACAAAAAACCCCAAACAACUGACCAAAGGAUGGGGCAGCUGCAUGGAAAAGUAGGCCAGGGGCAGUUUGCCUUAUGUGAAUAAGGUAAAGUCAUUUUAGGGGACUAGAUACUUGAGUAAUGUGGGUUGGCUCCUCUCUAGCUUCCGGUAAUUGUUGGAAUGCUAAUGUAUUUCAAAAGCUCACUAGCUGCCCAAUCAGUGAAUGAAGAUUGUGCUUAAAAAUGCAAAUAGCAAAGAAGUACUUUUAAGAGCACAGUAUAGUAAACUUUGAACAGCCACCUGCAUAGGGAUUUUGUAUGCCCUUUUUUCCUUCUUAAAAACUUCAGAUUAACUUAAGGAAUAUUUGCUGCUAGUUGUAAAAGCAAAGUAUAUGUUAUUUAAUUAUGAUUGUCUCCUGGAACAGAAGAGUGAAGUGGUUACCUUAUUCUGCUUACACAGUGCAAGCCUGCUCUGUAGCAUUUGGGAUAUUCCAAACAUUGGAAUGUUUUUCUCCCUUGCCAUUGCAAGUCCUUGUUCUUGACUUGCCUGAGCUCUAACAAUAAAUGAGCAUGUUGACUGAUAAAAAUGCUGUGAUUGGUAUAUUGAAAUUGUACUAUUGCAGUGAAUACUACACCAGGAAAUCAUUUCUGAGAGUCUUUAGUAUUAUAAGAGUAUCAAUACAAUUUUCUGAUGCAGCAAGAGCCAAAUCUGUGAGGGAAUUGGUGCCUUUAUGUUAGUCAAAAACAGUUUGCUUCUUGGAUGUCUUACUGUUGUCAAUAGAAUAGAUGCUUAAUUUCCAUAUCUAUGGUAUGAAAUCGACACUUGUACAUCUUUGUAUGUCUGAAUGCUAUUAAGAAUGAAGGUUUACAGUUUCUGCUUUUGAUUGUUAAACUAUAUAUUGUGCACAAAAAUACAUACUUUUAUAACUGAA